AUGGAAUGGCGAGAAAAAGGAAACCUAACGCUUGUCACCGAGUUUAUCCUCCUGGGUUUCCAAGAUCUGAAGAAUCUGCAAGUCCUCCUCUUUCUAGGAUUUCUUCUCAUCUAUUUGGUGACAAUGGCAGGGAAUCUUCUUAUUGUUGUGAUUGUGAUGACCAAUCAGCAUCUUCACACCCCCAUGUACUUCUUCCUUGGCAACCUGUCUUGCUUGGAGAUCUGCUACAGCUCAACACUCAUCCCUGUAAUGCUGGACACCCUUUUGAGGAAUGGGAAACCCAUUUCAUUCAGCAGUUGCUUCUUGCAAUUAUUUUUCUUUGGCUAUUGUUUAGGGGCUGAAUGUUAUUUGCUGUCUGUGAUGUCCUAUGACAGGUAUUUGGCAAUCUGUAAACCACUGCAUUAUGGGACAAUUAUGAACACUAAGAAGUGUAUCCAGUUAGCAGCUGUGUCGUGGAUCAGUGGUUUAAUAGGCAUUUCCAUUAUAAUGGUUCUGAUGCUGCAGUUAACAUACUGUGGCCCUAAUGAAAUUGAUCAUUACUUUUGUGAUACUGUUCCCCUGAAAAAACUCUCCUGCAGUGAUACAGGGCUAGUAGAACGGGUUAAUGUAAUCUUGCUAUUUGUAUACACAAUGCCCCCAUUUCUUCUAACUUGCACAUCCUAUGUAUUUAUCGUAACUGCCAUCCUAAGAAUCUCAACCACCACCGGAAGGCAAAAGGCCUUCUCUACCUGCUCUUCUCACCUUAUUGUUGUUUCUACUUACUAUGGCUCUUUAAUGACUGUGUAUAUGUUACCAAACUCAUCUGCCCUGAACAAAGCUUUUUCUCUCUUGUAUACCAUCCUUCCCCCUUUAGUCAAUCCACUCAUAUACAGCUUGAGAAACAACGAGGUGAAAAAAGCCUUGAGAAAAGCACAAAGCAAGGGGUCUGCUUUCAGAAUAUUUCACAAUGUGCUAAUUUAUCUGGUUAGCCUUAAACACAAAUAA